CAGACGGCACGGAGCGCUGCGGGGCGUCAGUACAGAGACAGGUCUUCGCUCAAGUCACUGGAGGAACCCACGGGUCCUUUAUGAUACUUUGACGGGCAAGGAAGUGGCACGGACUGAGGAGAUAAGCGGAGGAACAUGAGGAGCUUUAAGGCGCGCGCCUUAAAGUUUUCCGCCACUUGCUGCUGCUGCUCGAGCGCGGCGGUGACUUCAAAGCAUCCUCAGUUUGAGUUUCUUUUUUAAAGUGCGUAGUAUGAAGUCCUGUGUCAGGGCAUGUUUCCUGCGUUGUGUCCUCGAGCUCAGGAUUGCGACUCAUGGGAUGUAGUAAAUGGAGAGCUGCGUUCAACUUUGGACACCUGAAGGUGCAGUCCAAGCUGUCCGUCUUCUUUACCAUGAUAAUACUCUUCACUUACCUCUUCUACUGCCUCAACGGAUUCUGUGACUCCAUACCCAGGCCUGUUUACGACCAACAGAACAGUUUUCAGGAUAAAAUGAUCCUAAAAGAUGGACACGACGCCUCACCGCAGCAGCUCGGAGCGCACAACGCGUCGCAGGUGCCGUUUAUCCGGGGACAGCUGUCGGACUUGUCGAGCAGAGAUGCUAAAACGAACAUUUCUAUAGCUAAUAGCUUUGGGAGCAAAAAGUUUCCUCAAGCCAUCAUCAUCGGGGUGAAGAAAGGGGGCACGCGGGCACUGCUGGAGUUCCUGCGCAUCCAUCCGGACGUGAGAGCGGUGGGUGCGGAGCCGCACUUCUUCGACCGCUUCUACGAUAAGGGACUGACAUGGUACAGGAACCUGAUGCCUCGUACGUUAGACGGUCAGAUCACAAUGGAGAAGACUCCCAGUUACUUCAUCACCAAAGAAGCCCCUCGCCGUGUUUUCGCCAUGAGCCGCCACACCAAACUCAUCGUGGUGGUCCGUGACCCCGUAACCCGGGCUGUUUCUGACUACACCCAGACUUUAACCAAAUCUCCCGGGCUCCCAUCUUUCCAGAAUUUGGCCUUCCGCAACUCCACCACAGGCCUCAUCGACACAUCCUGGAGCGCCGUACGAAUUGGCAUCUAUGCCAAACACCUGGAGAACUGGCUGCACUUCUUCCCACUCUCCAGCUUCCUCUUCGUAAGCGGCGAACGCCUUGUGACGGACCCGGCAGGUGAAAUGGGCCGCGUCCAGGACUUUCUGGGACUGAAACGCGUGGUGACGGACAAGCACUUCUACUUCAACCAGACCAAAGGUUUCCCCUGCCUGAAGAAGCCUGAGGGGAGCAGCAGGCCACGCUGCUUGGGGAAGUCAAAGGGCAGGCCCCAUCCUCAGAUCCCCUUGGACGUCCUGCUCAGGCUCAGAGACUUCUACAGACCCUUCAAUCUCAAGUUUUACCAAAUGACCGGCCAAAACUUUGGCUGGGACUGAGCAGCUACUCACCAAAGCUCUUAAAACUGUUAGUAGCAUUCUCAGUCAGCCAACUAUGAAACCAGACAGGGAUAACCAUGGAGACGUUAUGUUUACCAAAGCUUUAACUGUGCAAAACUUGCCUUUCCUUCACUUUCUGUUCUAUGAAACUCCUGCCUUCUCUGGAUGUACAACAGCCAUGCCAACAUAUUUUAUGUGAGCUUUAAUCCUUUAAGCCUUUCUAAACAAAAGCUGGAAGAAGCGCUGGUUGUGGCUCGAGUGUGCGACGAGAGCCGGCCACAUCGAAUCAAACUGCUUAUUUGCUUUGAAUUGGAUCUUUUAGUACUUGGCACUCUGGGUGCCAGAAGCUAAGCUCUCAUUGCUGUCCAAACACUAAGAAGCACAAACUCUAUAGAGAAGAAAAUAACCCCACAAAGAUGCCAACAAUGCAAUGAGAUGGGUUUAAAUCUAAACUUAGUGGCAGCAGAGUGGCAGAGCUACGAUACACUAAAUUACAUAUCGAAGACGCGCAAGUUGUGAUGUAAAAAUGACUGCCAGAGGUUUUGAAUGAUGCACUACAUGGAAAAUUAAAAGUCUCAUAAAUCUAACAUUGUUUAGUUCACCUCUGGGUAAAUGUUCUCAAAUGUUCAUGGUUAUAAGAGGUUAUUUUCUCUACUUAUAAUUCAAGAUCAUUCAAACUGUAGCAAAUGCAGGAGCCUGCUUUUGUAGCAAAACACAAGCUGUAAAUAUGCUAUUAUUUAAGUUACAGAUACCUGUACACGAUGUUCUUUACACACUCAUCUGUAUCUGUGAUUUCAUUUUACCAACUCUCAGCUCCACAAAUGGUACUUACAUCAAACUGUAUAUUUCUGAAAGCAUAAUUUAUAAAAUGAUGGAAUAUUGUGAGACUUUUGUAUUUG